AUGGACAGCGACCCCGCCAGCUCUCCGGCCGCCUCCUGCGCACCCAGCGGGCCCCGAGGGGCAGGGCACGCUCCUUCACAAAGACCGCUGAAGCAAUCUCUAAGCAAGUCCUUAUGUCGGGAGAGUUUCUGGAAAUGCCUACUCUUGUCCGUUCUCAUGUAUGGCUGCAUGGGAGCCAUGGUUUGGUGUCACAUCACCAAGGUGACCCGCCUGACCUUCGACAGUGACUUCAAAGGGAAUUCCAUGAUGUACCACGACAGCCCCUGCUCUGAUGGCUACAUCUACAUCCCCUUGGCCCUGCUGGGCAUGCUCUAUUUAGUUUACCUAGUUGAGUGCUGGCACUGUCACGUGAAGAAUGAGCUGCAGCACAAAGUGGACGUGGAGGGCAUCUCCGAGCGUAUCCAGAGGAUGCAGCAGGCUAAGCCCUGCAUCUGGUGGAAGGCCAUCAGCUAUCACUAUGUGCGCCGAACUCGACAAGUCACGCGCUACCGCAACGGAGACGCCUACACGAGCACCCAGGUUUACCAUGAGCGUGUCAACACCCACGUGGCAGAAGCAGAAUUUGACUACAGCCACUGUGGUGUCAAAGAUGUUUCCAAACAGCUGCUGGGCUUGGAGAAGUCUGCGCUGACAAAGAUGCGCUUCACCAAGUGUUUCAGUUUUGCCAACGUGGAGUCCGAGAAUUCUUAUCUCACACAAAGGGCGAGGUUUUUCACCGACAAUGAGGGCCUGGAUGACUACAUGGAAGCAAGAGAGGGCAUGCAUCUGAAGAACAUUGACCUGAAGGAGUAUGUCUUGGUGCUCUGUGACCCGGAGCACCACCCUUGGUAUCUGUCCCAGUACGUCUUCUGGUUUGCCUCCUUCCUCACGUUCUCCUGGCCUCUCAGAGUCUUCACGGAGUAUCGCACUGCAUACGUCCACUAUCGUGUUGAAAAGCUCUUUGGCCACGAUUACCUCCCUGUGACCCCUUGUGAUGAUCGCCCUUAUUGGCGCCGUAUCCCUCGAGUUAACACCAUUGACAGUACAGAACUGGAGUGGCACAUUCGCUCCAACCAGCAGCUGGUUCCCAGUUACUCAGAGGCUGGCCUCAUGGACCUGGCCCAGUGCCCCUCUAGCUUCAGUGGGCUUCGUCAGAACUGCGAGCGCUGCCACAGAGCCAUGAGCUGCUCCUCAGUGUUCUCCCGAAGCGCCCUCAGCAUCUGCACUGGUGCCAGCUCCCGCAUCCCCUUCAGCAGCAGCCGCUUCUCCUUGGCCCGGCGCUAUGGCUCCCAGCGCAGCUGCUUCUGGAGGAGCGGCAGCCUGGACGACCAGGAGAGCCCCAGCGAAAAUACCCGCUGCCUAUCGGAACGCCUCACCACAGAUGACGAGGAGCCCCCGGACUACGAGGAUGCACUUUGUUACCCGGUGCUCAUUGUCCACUGCAGUGAGAACUGCCACAACCACAGAUCUUUCCACAGAAAUGGCUCCUGCGUGGAGACCUCUUUAUGAUAUGCAGUCACAGCGGCAUUUCUGUAGCACUUCAAAAACAGGGCGUAGUGGAUGCUGUAAGAAACAAUUGCCUGAAUCCUGAAUGUGUGAAUCACCAAAGCAAUAACAGAGGUCAGUGAGCGGAGAACAAAGUGGCAUCCCAUGAUAAGCUCACACACACAAACAAAUCAUAUCUGCUUGGCUUCCAGGAAAAACCAAGAAGACGCAGACUGUUACAAAGCACACCAUCGCUACAGCUUUUACAGUGCAUGUGAAACUAAGGCUGCAGAUACCUCAUAGGGACUUUCUCAGAGGUUUAACCAUCUCACCUUCAUUCA